AUGUCCAACCUCGAAGCGAAAAUCUCUCUUCAAAUGAAUCGGCACACUUACAUCAAGUCGGUGGCUCUCGAGUGUAAGGAACCGACCUUCCCCACUCUUCAACUCCAAAUGCUCAAGGUGAAACUCGACCUCAUCGAUAACAACUGGCAAAAGUUUGAAGCCACUCACGAACGGAUGGCGGAAUCCAAAGCGGAGCUCCUCCUGGAUCACGAUUAUUUCAAGAAAAGGGUAUACGAUCAAUGUCUUCUAUAUUAUGCCGACGCCAAAGCCGCAUUACUCAUGCAGAUUGAAGAGAAGGAACGGACUCACCCUCUGUCGGGCUCACAGCUAGCCAACCUCUCAAUUGGUGGUCAGACAUCAGCGCGACGUCAUCUUCCGGAGAUCACUCUUCCACAAUUCUCCGGUGACUUCUCAGCGUGGAGGCCCUUUCAUGAUCUCUUCUCCUCCUUGGUUGGACGGAAUGCGGAGAUAUCAAACGUGGAGAAAAUGCACUACCUCCGGACUAGUCUCUUGGGCGAAGCCGCUCAGCUAAUCUCCAAUUUGCCGGUUUCUGAGGACGCGUUUGCGUCAGCCUGGGACCUUCUCGUUAAUUGGUAUGAAAAUAAGCGACUUCUCAUUUCGGCUCAGGUGGAUCGACUAUUCCGCACCAAGACCAUCUCACAACGGUCGGCCAAGGAGCUCAACACUCUUCUCAACACGACAACGGAAGCGCUCAAUGCCUUGGAGUCUCUCGGAGCUCCUGUUCAACACUGGGACCAUCUCUUGGUCCACCUCAUCGUCCAGCGACUCGACCCAAGCACUCGAGAGGCCUGGGAAGUCAAGCUUGGCUCCACCACGGACCCCCCUUCAUACAAGGACAUUCGCACAUUUCUCACUGGGCGCGCCCGAGCCAUGGAGAGUAUGGAGUUCGGAACCUCGAGCUCCUCUCCAGCACAAAAACCAGUUCCCUCGCCACUACGACAGACCAGCAAGACAUCGGCGGCCACCGCUCAUGUGGCCAUCUCACCCCCCUCCGGGACCUCGGAAACUUCCGGAUGCACUAUGCUCUGGCUCUCAUUACAUUGUCUCUUGCCCUCGUUUCAGAGAUAUGUCUGCUCAUCUACGGCGAAACAUUUCGCCUGUCAAAAUCUGAAGAGGUGCAGAGAAUGCGGCAAUAAGCAUCACACGAUGAUACACAUGGACAGUCAACCGCCCCCACGUUUGUCAACGAUGCAAGAUAAGGUGACCCCAUCAACCACGGCUACGCAGACGUCGGCGCCGGCCUCACCAUCCAAGAGCACCAGCACAUCGGCUUCAGAGUGA